UUGGGCCACAGGGACGAGCCGGCAAGCGAUGCCGCCCGAUCGUCGCAGGUAGUCGCUUGAAGUCUGUUGCUCGUUUCUCAGUGUUAGGUGUUAAGUGAUUCGUGAAAAAGAAAGAUUUCAAAGUACUCGUUCACGCAGUGCUCCGUUUUUCCGGAAAAGACAAAGAAGAUGGCUACGGUAUGCUGCCGCGCUCUUUACGUUGUCAAAUGGCAUGAAGUGUCCCGCGUGCUGAGUGUUUCCUCCACUCUGGUCACUCAAAAAAGCUACCGGAACGAAACACGAUGCAAAAGGUGGUGGCACAGCACGCAGAGAAAUCUCUCCUCGACCAAGUGUAAUUUUUCUCCGAGGUUAAGUCUAAUUGUAGCGAAAGAAAUGAAAGAUACGAGUACGCCGAAGAAACAGAGCCCAACGAAAGUGACAAAAAAUGACAAAGCGGACAAAAGUUUGAUGAUCACUGAGAACACGGAGAAUGCUGUUGCAAACGUGACCGUAACAUAUUCUCGAGGUUUGCCGAAAAUCACAGUCCCACUACCGUCAAGGAAGGAGCUAUGUGUGUUCACCCUAAAACCAAUUACUCACACGGUAGGAGACUUUAUCCAUAUGCUAAAGAGGGAAGAUCGUGGUAUCGAUCGUGCAAUCGUGACGACCACCGACGGCGUCAGGAUAGGCUCCAACAACACGAUCGAGACGUUAAUGGAGGACGACUUUCGACUGAUAAUAAACGACACAGAGUACUUGGUACAACCGCCGUUGCAUCACAAACACACCAUGGAGAAUACAGAGAAGUUAUCGGACGUCCGAACGUUAAUCGGUCAACUCUACGAGUCGUUUCAAGUCCGAGAACACUAUGCUAUCAUGGAGAAGAAUGUGUUGGAAGAAUUGGAAGCCGUCAGAUUGGAACUGGAACCUCUCGAACAAAAGCUGCAGGAAUUAGAUAUCACCGCGAGCAAAAGGGCGGAAAAAUUCGUCUGGGUAUGUCUCGUCCUAAUGUCGGUUCAGUUCAGCGGCCUAGCCAGGCUAACUUGGUGGGAAUACUCCUGGGACAUCAUGGAACCGGUUACAUAUUUCGUUAACCACGGCGGCACGAUCAUCUUGUUCAUCUACUACGUCGUAACGAGACAGGAAUACAUGCUGCCAGACGUGGUGAACAGGCGACAGCUCAUCACUAUUUACAAAAAUGCAAAGAAGUUUGGUUUCGAUGUGAAUCAAUACAACACCCUAAAGGACCGAGCCUACGAAUUGGAAACCAUCCUGAAGGUCAUUCGUGGACCGUUGUACGAGCACAAGAGCCGUAUCGAGCAACAGAGAAGGGAAAGAUCAAGCUCAAGCAGUUCAAGAUCACCGAGUUCCUCGCCUAGUCCUAGUCCUAGUCCUAGUCCUAGUCCGGAAAGAAGUUUUCCCAAGAGGGGAAUCUUUUCACAAAAAGACACGUCAAAGAAACCGGUUCCUUGGACAGACAAAACGACGAAGGAUUAUUGAUUCAGGAAGCUGUAAAAUCUCUCUCUUUAGACAAACAAAACUUGCACUCAGGGUGAUUAUAGAGCGACAUUUGUAACGUAAGAAAAGCAAGUAAAUGUAACGAGAAAGGAAACGAUUACGUUUCUUAUUCGGUGAAAAAGUUUGCAGACGUCCGAAUCCUUGACGGAGUCUUCCAAGUCGUAUGACAACGCUCCUAAUCAACGAGUAUGUAUGUGGUAUAUUUGCCUGAUGCUCAAUCAACGAUAUGCAUUUGGAAGACGUCAAAAAACGAAAUGUAUAUAUCACACAGUUUUUCUACAUAUGAUUAUCAUUGACUAACAAAACAUGUUGAAAAAGAAUGGGUGGGUUUAAAAACUAGAAAGAGAUAUUAUCGAAAUUAGAUUCCUUUGUGCAAUGUGCACAAUGGAUACAUGCAAUGCAAUGAUACCUAGGAUACCUCGUCAGAAUGAAUAUUCAAUUAAAAAUAUUUGAGACUAAGAUAACUACUGUGGAAAGAUAGAUUUGUUUCGUGUUCUUUGCUCAGCUGUAACUUCGUGGUAAAUGUUUAAUUCAAAUGUAAUUUAAUGUUGAAUUUUUUAUUUCGAAUCCAUUUUUGAAUGUGUAUUGGGACGAUAAUUUAAGGAUAAAUGUAUUUUAAACGUCCUAUUUUUAACAAAUUAUUCUGUAUAUAUAUAUAUUUAUAUAUCGUACUGUUACCAUUGUGAUAAGUUGAUAUUCUUAGUUAUAAUUCACUUAUACAAUUAUUCGCACAAGUAUACUUUAAGGGUACUCGACGAUCAAAGCUCAAAUAUCUAAUUUAGAAAUUGACUCUUCAUCGUCGCGUAACAUUAUUUUUUCUACAAGACGAUAAUAAUAUAUAUUUACAGUGUUAUUAAUAUACAUUUAUAUACAUUUCUUUUCUUUUUUUAACUUGAUAAACGCGUGAAAUUUUAUUGUACUGGACGUGGUACAGCGUACUUCGACUUUGUUUUAAACUUCGUGACCUUUCUCAUUCAUUGCUUCGAAAAAAAAGCGAUGUACUUACUCGACUUUUCAUGGAUCUGAUCAAUUUUAAUUGUUCUAUUUUAUAUCGUAUUUAGUUUACCAUUUUAUUGAAAAUUUGGAGAAAACCUUACUCUUACGCGAAGACUUUUAUCGAAAAAUAUUUCAAUCUGCGCAUUGCUUGUAAGAUGCGUAUCCAACAAACUUGCUUCAUCGCCAUUCAUGAUAGGAUUUUAACAUUCAAUACUUACUCCACUAAACUUUUUAUUCCUACUAAAGUAGUGAUAACACAAUCAAAAGUUGAGGAUCUUUGUGCACUGGUACAAACACAUCAUCAACAUGUCUUAUAUUAAGCUAAACAGAUUGUACGAUUAAAUCUACUAUUACUACUGUUACGCUUUAAAAUAUUGUUCACGAAAGUAUCUCACGUAGGAUUAACAUAGAUUACUAUUUCUAAAAACACUCUAAGAAACUUUCUCUCGCUUUGCUAAAAAAAAAAUCCCUUAUCCGUCCGCUCAAAAUAACUCACUAGUGUAUUCAAUGACAACUGUAUUAAUACCUUGCAUUCAAAAUCAUCGUAUGCGUUGUUAAAUACUUUUCACUUCUUUAUGUAACAGUAUUUGCGACAAAAAUAUUCCUUGUUGCAAAUGAACGACGGAUUUUAAAUAAUGGAAAAUCAUACGUUUCAAAAUUCUGUGCUAGGAAUGUGACUACAAUGGCUCACGAAUCUACUUUAACAUUUACCAUAGAAAACUUUAUUAAAAUUCAUUAAAAGUGUAAAAAGACGCGGUUGUCGCUAUUAUAAUGGUCAAACUUGAAACCAAUCUGAAAAUGUAUAUAGAAGAUAUUUAUUUCAAACAUAUAUGCAUUUAACAAAGAAUUAAUAUAUAGCACGAAUAGUCAUGUUGAACAUGUAAUAAACGUUAAGGAUAGUUCUAUUGAAUAUCGAGAUAUAUUGAUUUCAUUAAAUGGAAUAUUCUGUGAUCUCUGCGAGAUCCGAAUAUCUUGAAAUUCUUAUCGACAUAUUCAGAUCUUUUUCAAGCUUUACCAAUACGAUCAUGAUGACCAUGUCUCAUUACAGUUUUAACGACAUUUCAAAAUCUUUUAUCUAACACAUAAGGUUUUUGUAAGUGUACAAAUACUUUCAUGGGCCACUGUAUAUUUUCAUGUUCUGUAUUCGUUAAACGAUAGUGCGUGUAAUAUAUGUAGAUGUUUACUGUACACUUCUCCAUGUAUCUCACCGACUAUCACUAACCAAUGGCAAACUGUAGAGAAAGCGCGUUUAAAAGUAUACUGAUAGUUAUUAGGCCGCUAGCAAGUUAAAUAACUAUUUAACGAUAAACUUAUCGUGCACGUGAUUAAACACGAUAUCAAAGCACUUCUUCCCGAGCACAGGAAUUGAAAAAGUUCAUGAUUUACUUUUUUCUACAUUUCAUUUAAAUGCUAUUCUCCUUUCUAUAAGUAUAUUUUAGCAAAAGUAUCUAGUGCCAAUGUUCUUAAAUCAUUGUUGCUACUACUCACAAGCGGUAAUUUAACGACUUUUUGUAAAUUGCGAUUCGAGAUUGAAAGAUAAUCAGCAGACAAUGUACAGGGUGUUUCACUGUAAAAUAUUAUGAGUACAUCUUGUAUAUUGAUUCAAUGUAAUUGAAUAUUAUCGAGAAGUGCAUCAAACGGAUACGUGAUAAUUGUGAUUCUAAUGUCGCUUCCCAAAAACGAAUUUCUUGUCGUCGUAAAACAAAAAGAAAAUGCUGUUCCUUCUGACAUAUUUUUUAUGGUCUUUAAAAAAGUUUUCGUAUACAAGUUUUUGUACAUAUAUAAAAGAUACGGUAUACAUAAAUGUACGCGUAUAUGGUUAUUUUGUGGACGUUCUUGCUACGCCGCUUCUCCGGAGCUUACAAAGGAAACGCCUAACUCCUUAAUCAGUGAUAAACGGACUGCGGAUCUUCAUGCGUUUGCGAGAAGUUUGAAAGUAGAAAGAUGCGUUGAAUACAAAUAAUUUACGAAAAUAUGUGAAAUAUCCACAUUAUAAUAAUCUCUAUGAUAUUUGGUAGACGAAACAAUUUCCUAACUAAGUUCCAGGCAUUUUUCUUUUUGUAUUAUUAUAUUCGUAAGGUUAUAAAUUUGCAUAAAAAUCCACAGUCUAAUAACAAAUAACGAUCGAACGAAUGAAAAAACAUAGAACUGUACUUCUCCUCGAUCUUCAAGAUAGUACUCGUCGUUUAAAUACGAGGUUAUUAUACACCGAAAAUUGUUACUGACUUCGUCAUCGGAAUACUCGUGCACAUCCUCGACGACUUUCUCCUUUUCUCUUCUUUGUAAGAUGAAAAUUAACGAACAAACACUCUAUCGAUCACAUCUACGACUUACGAAAGCGUUCCUUUCAUCACGAAUUGUCGUUAUUAAUUAAACAAUGCUAAUUGCGAUACUGUAUACUAUAAUUGUAUAGGAUAUAGGCUAUCAGCGUUUUAAAUCAACAACACUAAAUUUUCAAUUCUCUGAGUUUCAUGUUCGGGUAAUUUCACGUCAUGUUUCGUUAGAACUUUGAUUGCUUCAUGUCGCGUAAUUAUAAUAUUAUAUAUAGGUAUAACUACUCCAUGAAUGCAUAAAUAAGUAUUUAUACAACGUUGAGUUGUGCUGUGAUUUACGUCCAUGUACCUAGUUAUACAUAAAACAAGGAUAAUUGAGAAUAAAGUAAAAUACCUAAGAGAA